AUGAGCGCGCAGGCACCCAACCCCCAAGCGCUGCUCGGCCGCGCGGCGCUGAGCGGGUUCACGCGGCUGUCCAAGGGGCUGGCGGCGGUGCUGCUGAUGGGCUACGUCGUGUCGCUGCUGCCCUCCGCGCACACCGCCUUCGCGCUGCUGCCCGGCAGGACCAUCCCCUUCGCGUGGAAUCUCGUCACAGCGGGCCUCUUCGAGCGCCAUCUCUUCACCCUGGUGCUGGAUGUGGUCGCUUUGCUGUUCCUGGGGCGGGUGCUGGAGCCGGUGUGGGGGUCGCGCGAGUUCCUGCGCUUCGUGCUCAUCGUGAGCACGCUCACCACCGUGUGCACCUUCAUCGCCAUGGUCUCCGCCUACUACUUCACGUUUCAGGGCUACUUCCUGUACGAGCCGAUAUCAGGGUUCCACGGGGUGGUGGCGGGGCUGCUGGUGGGCGUGAAGCAGCUCAUGCCCGAACAGGACAUCACCGUCGCCUACGUCCUCAAGUUCCGCGCCAAGUGGCUGCCGUCGCUCUUUGUGCUGCUGACGGUGGUGCUGUGUUUCUGCAUCGGCCACUACCGCCAGCUGCUGCCCUUCAUCCUAUUCGGCACGUACACCAGCUGGGCCUAUCUGCGUUUCUUCCAGCCCAAGGGCGACAGCGGCCUCAAGGGCGACCCCACCGACGACUUCGCCUUUGAGACCUUCUUCCCAGAGGCGCUCAGACCGGUGGUGGGCACUGUUGCAACCAUUCUCGGGCGGCUGCUGUGCGGGCGGCGGGUGGAUCGGGCGGCGGUGGUGGAUGAGGACGAGCUGCUGGCGGCCGGCAAGCCGCUGCCCGGCUCCGACCCCGCUGAGGCCUCCCGACGCAGGGAGAGGGGAGCAAGGGCGCUGGAGGAGAGACUGGCCAAGGCAGCAGAGGCGGCAGCUGCAGGGGCUGCGGGUGCCGGGGGCUCUGCUGCUAGCGGCGCCGCUGCUGCUGGUGGCCCCUCUGCUGUUACAACGGGUGCUUCCCUCGGGCCGACUGAGCGGAGUGCCUCCAGUGGCAACCUGGCGGACAAGGUGUGA